CCUCCUCCCCACCUCCUUGGAUCUCCGUAUGUCCGGCUCACGAUAGCAGUGCCCACAUUCAGGGGCUUUACGUACCCUUUCUUCCUCUCGCACCCAUCGAUACCAUGUCGGAGACGGAGUCAAUUACCGCCCGCAGCCUCACACUCCAAGAGCCGCCACUCAGUCGUGAUCAAGACGCCUUGCAAGGAGGAGAGAAAGUUGAUAAUGUCUCCCGUCAUCCGCCUUCUGACCAAGGCCACCCCGCUGGCAAGCCAUCUUUUGCCCAACUUGUCGGCUCGCGUCCCUCACGCCAACAUGAUCCUGCCUUCCUCGUUGCCUUUGGCAAGGGCGAGGAUGAUUGCCUUGACCCCAAGGAGUGGCCCCUCUCCAAGCGCUGUCGCGUUACUCUAGUCUUAGCGGCCAUCGCCUUUGUAGCCUCGCUAGGGUCGAGCAUCACAUCCCCAGCACAAGAAGCCAUGGCUCAGGACUUUGGUACAUCGACGCAGAUCAUGAUCUUCACCAGCUCCCUUUAUGUGGCGGGCUUUGCGUUUGGACCGAGCAUGUGGGCGCCAAUCUCUGAGCUGCUGGGUAGAAGGAUCAGCUUGGCGCCGCCACUUUUCUGCUUGGGAUUGUUCAGCAUCGGCUUCGCCACCAGCCGCAAUGUCGCCUCCCUCUUCAUCUGCCGUUUCUUCAGCGGCUUCUUUGGAGCAGCGCCCGUAUCCAAUGUCGUUGCUGCCCUCGGUGACAUAUAUAAGCCAAAGCCACGAGGAGUAGCCGUCUCCCUAUACUCGAUCGCAGUCGUCGGUGGUCCCCUUCUCGGACCGCUCAUCGGCGCUGCUCUCACCGAGUACACCUGGCGCUGGACAGGCUACCUCCUCGCCAUCCUGUCCUUCGUUGCAAGCGGCCUCACCGUCGUUGCCCUUCCUGAGGUCUAUGGCCCGGUCCUUCUGCAUCGCCACGCCACGAAGCUGCGCAAGACCACAGGAGAGGAGCGUUGGUGGCACCCACACGAGGACAUUCGCAUCGACUUCAAGUCGAUUGUGACCAAGCACCUAGCUCGGCCGCUCCUCAUGCUGACCACGGAGCCCAUGGUCACCUGCCUUUGCCUCUACGCAUCAUUCGUAUACAGUCUCGUCUACAUGGCUCUGCAGCUCGUCGCCCUCGUCUUUGCCCGCAACUACAUGUACGGCAGCGUCGUGUCCACUCUGCCCUUCCUCGGCAUGUUCGUAGGCGUCGUCGCUGUUGGACUGCCGCUCACCCUGGCUAACCAGCCAUAUUACUUCAAGAUGGUGGAUAUGAAUGGGGGCAAGCCGGUGCCUGAGGCUCGACUUCCGCCCGUACUCGGAGGUGGCGUCCUCGUGACGGCUGGACUGUUCAUCUUUGCCUGGACGGGAAGGGGCGACCAGCCAUGGAUUGCGCCUACAAUCGGUCUCUCGCUGCUCGGCGGCGGGUUCAACUCGGUAUUCCAGAAUUGUCUGAACUACCUCGUCGACACUUACGGAAUCUACGCCGCGAGCGCUUCAUCAGCAAAUACGAUCCUCCGCUCAAUUCUAGCAGCCUGUCUGCCCUUUGCCAUCGAGCCCAUGUUCGACCAUCUGGGCAGCGCCAAAGCCACCAGCAUCCUAGGAGCAUUUGCGGGCGCCUUCAUUCCAUUGCCGAUCAUCUUCAUCAAGCUUGGACCAGAACUCAGACGUAGAAGUCGCAUGACGCCCAAGGAGACGUAACGUACAUAGCAUGACGAAGGGGUAAUACCCUUCUAGUACACGUAGCUGUUGAUAAUGGUAUCGCUAAUUCAAGUACAUUACACCGGAGAUUCUUCUGUUUGAGUGGCUCGUGCCGCUCCUAUAGUGCGAUCACGAGGCCAAGAAAGGUAGCAACCAUGAGACUGAAGCUGGUCUCCAGGGCAUGACCGCCGUUGGAGUCUCCGCUCUGUGAUGUAGCCGUGGGCUCGCUCGCGGCCGAGAGCGAUGAAAGCCGUGGCGUUGAUGUGC